AUGGCGUGUGUGAAAGUCUUAUGCAUGUUAACUGGAAUUAUAUUUUCUCGUGGCUAUGACGAUCUCUCUAGAAAUAAACCUGCCACACAGAUAUCAACUUUUCCAUGUAAAGGAUGCGCUGAUGGAUCAUACAAUGCCGAACUGGCUGUUGACAAUAACCUGCAAACAUGCACUAGGAAUGUGUUUCCAGAUUGGACUGAAUGGUGGAUGGUGGAUCUUCAGGAAGCACAAUCCAUAUAUGCGAUUAAAUUUGUCUUUAAAGACUAUGGUGAUACUUACCGGAAACGACAAGAGGAGCGUUUAUCAGGAUAUUCUAUUUAUGUCUCAGAUACAAAGGAAAUAAAAAGUGGGGAACUGUGCUUCAAACAUAACGGAACCUAUUUACCAUCGCUUACAGCGGUUGUAGAAGGGGUCACUACGGUGCUGUUUGUAACCUUUUGUGUCCACAACAUUGUAAGAAUUACCAAUGCUUUGUCACUAACGGGACAUGUCUUAGAUGUGACAAUGGCUGGAAUGGCUUUUCGUGCAACCAAGGAAAUCAUAACCUAUCCAGGCCAAAACUUUCUGUGCUCAUCCCAUUUUGCAGCAUGUUUAGUCGGAAUGUAUGGUCCAGAUUGUUCAUUAUCCUGCUCUGGUCAUUGUAAGAGCAAGUCUUCUUGCAACCCAAUCAAUGGUAUUUGCUCAGAUGGAUGUGCUGAAGGUUGGAUGGAUGUGCUUUGCAAUAAAAGCUGUGUCUCCGGUACCUUUAGACCGAACUGUAAAAACAACUGUAGUGGGAAUUGCUAUAACGAUUUAAUCUGCAAUAGCACAACAGGAAGAUGUGACAAAGGCUGUAAGCCAGGGUACCAGGGAGAACUUUGCAAUAAUACUUACAUCUGUGUAUUUAAAUCAAAUGAGGAAUAUGUCAUAUUAGACUAUCUUGAGAAACCUGUAUCAAAUAUCGGUGAAAAUACUGUUAACUCGGAUAAUGUAUUGUUAGCUUGCAGGCAUGGCUAUUUUGGACCAAAUUGUUCGAGGAAAUGCAAUCCAUUCUGUAUAAACAAGUGUCAAAAUGUCAAUGGACACUGUCUUUCUGGGUGCAUCAGCGGUUACGAAGGUUCAACAUGUGAAAAAAAGUGCAGCAGUGGAUGGUAUGGUCACAAUUGCUCCAUGGGGUGUAACAACUGUGUGAAUCAAACUUGUAAUCAUAUCACGGGCAGCUGCCAAUAUGGAUGUAAACCAGGCUGGAGAGGUUCAAAAUGUUCUCUAGUGUGUACCGUGGACACAUAUGGAUCAGAUUGUAUGUUUUCUUGUAGCCAAAACUGCAUUAAUAAGGAACCUUGUGACCACGUAACUGGAAUUUGUGAAAAUGGUUGUUCAGAUGGAUAUAAAGGAGGGCAGUGCAAUUUAAUUUCAUUAUUGACUUCAAUGGCUAGAAAAUGUGAUGAUCACUGUUUUUAUGCAAUUGGAAUAUCUAUAUUAGUCAUACUAAACGUUUUGACCUGUACAUUAUGGAUUUGUGAAAGAAGAAGGAAAAUGGAAGUGAGAAGACAGUCGUCAUCUCAUUACAUAACAACUGAAGCAGAAAUGAAAGAAAAGACUUCUGAAUCACAUGAAUAUCAAGAAGUGAAUUCUGUAUCACGAGAUUUUUCGUACCAAAACCUCACAUUUGAUACCUGAAAAUUUUGAAAAUACAAGAUUUGAGUAGGGGAGU